AUGGUUUCAUACACUUCUAAAUUUUCUGCUAAAGGUGCCACAAGAUUUGGUAACCUAACUUUAAGAAACACAUUGACAUAUUCUCCAAACUUGAUGUUAUGGGGAGGUGCUUCCUUAGCAGGCAUAUUUGUAUUUGUUGAGGGAUGGCCAUUAUUCCAAGAAACUUUCUUUAGAAAGAUACCUGUCUAUGGUUCUUACUGGGCAAAGAAAUUGCCACCUCCAAAGCAACAAGAAGAAGAUUCCGAGUAA